GGCCCUGCUAUUGGCAGGGGUGUUGCGGGGAGGUGAGGAAGGCAACCAAGGCGAAAGCGACACGUGACCGAAGCCCCGGCAAGGGGCUGGAGCAGCGGCGAGGGGCCGAUUCGGAGUAGGUUAUAUCUGAGGGUACCACUAUGGAGGAGGAAGACUGGGACGAGGAGAUCACAGAUGACAACAGGAGCAGUACCACGGGCGGAGGUGGCAGGACUGCUUUGCCCCACUUUCAGCCCAGCUUCGAAAAGCUGGGCAGCUUGUCUACAGGAGCAAAUGAAACAUCAUGCAAUUUCAAUCAGAAUGCAACCCCCCCAGGAUGUGGUUCCACCGAAAAUGCAGCUCCUUGGGGUCGUACGUUUGGAGGUGUUGGUGGAAAACCAAAUGGAGAAGACAAACCAACAGGUGGAUUUGGAAGUGGAAGGACUUUUGGAAACCGAGCUACAUCUGGAAAUAGAUUUGAAGAAAGGAAGUUUUCAAGCUUUGAGAGAGAAGUAGUUGAUGAUGAUCAAGAAAGCCAGUCAAACAGAGAAGCUCCUAGGAGAGGAGGAAUGAUUGCUGGUGGCAAUAGGGGUGGAAGAGGAUCUGGCAGAGGAGGAUUUGGGCGAUUUGGAAGUGACUCUGAAAACAGAGGCAGAGGAGGCAGAGGUGGCUACAAAGGAAGCAAUGAAGAAGUAAUUGGAGGGUUUGGAAGAGGUAUGUGGAAAUCGGAUGGUGAUUCAGAAGCAGGUGAUGGUGCUGGUCCAAAGGUGACAUACGUACCACCACCACCACCAGAAGAAGAAGAAGCCAUCUUUGCACAUUACCAGACAGGGAUAAACUUUGACAAAUAUGAUAACAUUCUUGUGGAAGUUUCAGGACAUGACCCCCCACCAGCAAUACUGACCUUUGAAGAAGCUAAUCUAUGUCCAACAUUAAUGAAGAACAUUGCUAGAACUGGAUAUCUUAAACUUACUCCAGUGCAGAAAUACAGUAUUCCUAUUAUAAUGGCGGGGCGUGAUUUAAUGGCAUGUGCCCAGACAGGAUCUGGAAAAACAGCAGCUUUUCUUAUACCAAUUUUGGCUCAUAUGAUGCGUGAUGGAGUUACUGCCACUCAAUUUGAACAACAGCAACAACCAGAAUGUAUAAUUGUAGCUCCAACUAGAGAACUGAUAAACCAGAUCUUUCUGGAAUCAAGAAAAUUUGCACAUGGAACUUGUAUAAGACCAGUUGUGACUUACGGAGGAACACAAACAGGUCAUUCACUUCGUCAGAUAAUGCAAGGUUGUAAUAUAUUGUGUGCUACCCCUGGAAGGCUUUUGGAUUUCAUAGGCAGAGAAAAGAUUGGGCUGAGGAAACUACAAUAUUUGGUGUUGGAUGAAGCAGAUCGUAUGCUGGAUAUGGGAUUUGGCCCCGACAUGAAGAAAUUAAUUUUAUCUCCAGGCAUGCCACCAAAGGAAAAACGCCAAACACUAAUGUUUAGUGCCACUUUCCCUGAAGAAAUCCAGAGGCUAGCUGGAGAAUUCUUGAAGGCAGAGUACUUAUUUGUUGUUGUUGGACAAGUAGGUGGAGCCUGCAGUGAUGUUCAGCAGACAAUACUUAAAGUGAAUCAGUAUGACAAGAGAGAGAAGCUUGUUGAGAUUCUCAAUGGCACAGGUGAUAAGCGAACCAUGGUGUUUGUGGAAACUAAGAAAAAAGCAGACUUUAUUGCAACAUUCCUUUGCCAAGAAAACAUAGCAACAACAAGUAUUCAUGGUGAUCGGGAACAGAGAGAGCGAGAAGAAGCUCUUUAUUAUUUUCGUUCUGGAAAAUGCCCUGUUCUUGUUGCUACAUCAGUGGCAGCAAGAGGUCUGGAUAUUGAAAAUGUUCAACAUGUCAUAAAUUUUGAUCUACCUUCCACAAUUGAUGAAUAUGUUCAUAGGAUUGGACGAACUGGGCGUUGUGGUAAUAUUGGCAAAGCAACUUCUUUCUUUGAUGGUAAUUCAGACAGUCCUAUUGCACAGCCUCUAGUCAAAGUGCUUGCAGAUGCUCAGCAAGAAGUGCCAGUGUGGCUAGAAGAGAUUGCUUGUACUUCUGGUGGAAUUGGUUUUAGCAGUGCAAGGGGAAACAUGUUUGCAUCCGUUGACUCUCGAAAGGUUUACCAUGGCAAAGAGAAUCACCACAGCGGAGGAGGUGGAGGAUUUACAGCAUCAAAUAUAAGUGCACCUGAUGAGUCAUGGGAUUGAGGCUACCAUCUGUCAUGGAACAACGUUCUUAAUUUACCAUGCUAAAUCUUCUGAACAAGAUGGUUAUGUGUGAAACAGGCUGGUUUCUAAACACAUUUAUUUUAUUAAAUCCCUGUGAUUUCA